AUGGUCCGUACGUCGUCGACCAUCUCUGAUCCUUUCACAAGCCCUGCUACCGUCUCCACCAUCAAACUCGCUCACCCGAGAGACCCAGCCAACCAGCCUGGAGCUGUUCCCAGUAGUAGUGGCUCCAAUUCCACCCUAAAUCCGUCUGCAUCAGACUCAACUCCACUGCCCUUACCGAGCAAUGUUGACCUGGGCCCGAGCACGAAUGUACCCGUACCUGCGCCGCCGCCGCCUUUGCGCCCGCCGCACUCCCGGCUACCAUCACCACAUGAACCGCAGAACUUGACUCUUUCAGCAGCAUACAGUAAUCCACCUUUUCAUACACACCACUUCUUCGUCGCUCUCGAGAAGACAUUCCCUACACCGACUGCUCGGAGUUUAAUGCGAGCUAUACGUGCUCUGCUUGUCGACCGGUUGGGUCGCGUCAAGCGAGAUGCGCUGACUGUGAAAGACCUCGAGAGCCAAGCAUACCUUUUCAAAGCGGCUCUCUCCGAGUUGCGAACAGAAUCCACGAUGCUCACCCGAAAUGAAGCUGCCGCAAUGCGAACUGCAACGGCAGCGUCACGACGGGAGGUGGAUAUCUUGAGCGUGCGUAUGAAGGAGGACCUGGGUGCCCUGAAGCACGACAUCCAAAUGGAACUAGACAGUAGGAAGAACGAGUCGAAGAACGAUUUGAAACGAUUCGACAUUCAAGUGGAGGAAGUUCUCAAUAAGUCUUUAGUCACUCUCUACGAUCUCCGUACUGAGAUGGAGAAAGUCCGCUGGGAUAACAUGCGCAACUCAGUUGCCGCUUUGGGUGCCUUUUUGCUCCUGAUCGUUGUGUCAAUGGAGCUCCUGACGUCCCGUGAGGCACCACGGAAAGUCAAGUCGAAUCCUCCGCCUAGCCCGCCUCCGCCAGUGCUUGAUAUUCGGCCAAUGGAGGGGACAGAAAGUCAACACAGUACAUGGACAACAUAA